GGUCGAUAACGUUAUAUGAAGCUUAGCCAAUUCUCUUUUCUGCUUUAAAUCAGACCUUAUUUUAUUUCAAUAUAUUUCAAUAGGUAUUUGAAAUGGCAAAGUCUCUUUGAAAAUAUGUAUUUAGAAGAUAAGGUAAGAGUAGUUGAACCCAAACUUGCUGCCUACAAAUCGUGAUUGGUCAUUUUGAUGUGUUUCGCUUGACUUAAUAGCUUCAAGCGAUGUUGUGUGAGCCAGCUAUAGUUUAAAUUGUAUUCAAGGCCGAGUGCAUAUCAGGCACAGCUGUUUGAUAAACGUUGCACUGAUGUUCGAUAACGUAUAAGCUCUCAGCAUAUGUGAUAAACUAACGAGCAAAAAUUAGUUCCAAAAUGUCUACGGUUUGGGGCAAGUGCUCCAACGACGAAAUCGAAAUCAUCAGCUACGAUGAGCAGUACCAAGAGGCUACGCUGGACGUACUCCGGAAGUCAUUCUUUCUCAACGAAAAGGUUUGCAUCGGAGCGGAAGUGAAUCUUGACCGACAAGCUCAGGCAGAUUUGGAGAAGCUCUGCGUGGAUGUAUGUCGCGGAAGUGGAGUUUCGUUGGUCGCCCGACAGGUGGCCACCGGUGAAAUUGUGGGAGUUUCAUUCAACGUGCUGCAGACACCCAGUGAACCAAACAGUCCCAGCUUUUUCGAGUCCUUCCGGGACAAUCACUGCUUCUCGGAGAGUUCCAGAAGCACAAUGCAGUACAACAUAACGAUGGACGCCAAGGUGGAUCUGUUCCAGAGGUUUGGAAUCGACUGUCUGUUUGAAAUUAUGUUUCUAGCGACGCAGGUUGGAUUCGAAGGAAAAGGAAUUGCUUCGGCACUGGUAGCGUGCUCGGUGAAACUGGCCAAGAAGUUGAAAUCUUUGAAUGAUUUGACAAGCAGAAGACCAAAGCUUGUGUCGUCAUUGUUUACGUCGAGAUAUUCCCAAAGUGUCGGCAGGAAGAACAACUUCAAGGAACUGCUAGAAGUGCCUCAUGCGGAAUUUGUGUUUCGUGGGAGAACAUACGCCGAUCGAAUUGGACCUGAUCAUCCUUCGUCGAUUAUAAUGGUACGAGAAAUUUAGAUGUUUGUUCAAUUUUGGUAUUUGUCUAUUAAAAUAUUUCAUAAUUCUAAGCAAGAAAAGUUUUUUAUAAG